CCUCCCUCCCCUUGUCUGAAUUUUUCCGGUUCUGCUCCCCUUUAGGACCGUCUGGAAUUCGGUCCUUGAGGGGGGGGUUCUGUCACGGUUUGGUCUCUUUCCCUGUUUUAGUUUGAAGUUUCAUGUUCCUUGUGGUCCUGGGUUAACUUCACUUCCUGCCUUGUCCCGUGAUUGCCUGAGUGUUUCCACCUGUGUCCAAUCACCUGCACCUCCCUCGUGUAUUUAAGCCCCGUGUGCCUGUUGUCCCUGGUCGCGUCAUUGUCUAAUGUCUCCCGUGGUUGGAGCACGUCGGUUUUGGUUUUUGGUUUGUUUUUGGAAUAAAGAGCAUCUCUCGUGGAAGACCCUGCGUUUGAGUCCUGCUUCCGCCUGCACCUCCACGCCUACGUGACAAAAACCAGCUUUACUUUGUGGUUGUAGUUCUCAGGGAGAUUGUCAUUAGCAUCAGAGCUUUAGCAGAGAUGAUCUGCAGGAUCCUGGUGAUCUUCAUCCCGACCUCCUGUGUCUGUGCAGGGUCAUUUGUAGUGAAUGUGACACAGAGCUGGUAUCAGGCAGAGGAGAACCAGAACAUCUCACUGGAAUGGAUGUUCCCCACCAGCACGGACCCCUCCCCCAACUCCCUUUAUAUCUCCUGCAAGAUGUUAAAUCCUAAUAGACCUUCAGUCUUGUUUCUUCUACAUGAAGGUGUCGAGGUCCCACAGGCUCAGGAUGAACGCUUUGCAGGACGAGUCCAGUGGGACAAAGACGUCCUCAGAGAAGGACGACUCAGAUUUCACAUCUCCAGACUCCAGACUAAUGACUCUGGGCGAUACUCAUGUGUUGUGUUCAAAAGUUAUGAGAAGAACUUUAAGGAAUGUUACCUCAACGUCACUGCAGUGAAGGAUCGACCCAAAGCUGAGACGAGUGAUACAAGUCUGAAAGGAGAUCCUCGGGGAAUGAUCGGCUUCUACUCUGCACUGGGACUAGCAGCAGCUCUGCUGGUUGUUUAUUUAUUUUCUCUCUGCAUUGCCAAAGACAUUAGUGAUCAGCAGAACAAACGAUUCAUCAGAACCACCUUUCAAGUUACUGAUCCAUUAAGUGUUUGUGAAGAAACAGUCUGAUGUGUUUGACUGAAGUCCAGCUGAGACACAUCUGGAUCUUUGGAUGUCUCAUGGAUCAACAGCAGCAUGAAGGUAUCAGUGAAGUCUACAAUUGUGACUCACGGAGUCCAGCUGGUGAACGCUGUGAAUUGCUUUAGUUUCAUCAGGACCAAACUGGUUCACCUUCUGGUAGGACUUCUGACAUCAGAGUAUGAAUGUAAGUCAAUGGUGACAUGAAGUGAAGGGGCGACUGCGGGUGCAGAGUCCAAUCAGAGGAUGGCUCGUUUGGUAGAGGAAAACUCCAUAACAAAAAAAAACUAAAUAAAUGAUGGCUUUGCAUAAUCGUG